AUGGCUGACAUCCCGCAGCGGGACGAAAAGCCCCAGCAAAAGGAGUUCCUACAGGAACCGUCUUUGGAUAUCGAUGGGAGCAACUACAGCAUUCUAAGCGACCGCGAUGCCGCCGAGAUCCUCCCUUACGAAGCCGACGAUUCUCCCUUUCCAGAGGUUCGUGCGGUCGUUCGACCGGUGGACGAUGUCCAUCUGCCGGUCAACACGGUUCGGAUGUGGACGAUUGGGGUGAUAUUUACGAUCGUGGGGAGUGGAUUGAAUCAGUUCUUUAGUCUAAGGCAGCCCAGUGUAACCAUCAGCGCUUUGGUUGCACAGCUGGUCGCAUUUCCCGUUGGCUGCGCCUGGGCGAAAUGGCUGCCAUUGGGGUGGCUCAAUCCGGAUCGCCACUUCAACAUCAAGGAGCAUGCUUUGAUCACCAUCAUGGCCAAUGUCUCCUUCGGAUCGGCGGCUGCGACGCAGAUAAUUGAGGCUAUGGUGAAGUUCUACAACAUGCCUUCACAAGGGGGGUUCGAGAUUCUAUUGUGUAUCACCACUCAACUGUUCGGCUUUGGCUUGGCAGGCAUGGCUUCGCGCUGGCUCGUGGGACCGGCGACAAUGAUUUGGCCGCAGGUUUUGUCGAAUGCCGCGCUACUAUCCACCUUACACUCGCGCGCCAACGUCGUCGCGGAUGGCUGGUCGAUCACGCGUCUCCGCUUCUUCCUUUUUGUUUUCGCGGGCGGGGCAAUCUGGUAUUUUGCUCCGGGCUACCUUUUCACCGGUCUGAGCACGUUUAACUUUAUCUGCUGGAUCGUACCGACGAACGUUGUGGUCAAUCAGCUCUUUGGCCACACGACCGGGCUGGGCAUGUCAAUUCUAACCUUUGAUUGGGCUCAGGUCGUCUAUGCGAACCAAAGCCCGCUCCUGGUCCCUUUCUGGGCAGGGCUGAACGUGAUUGGAUCAUUUGCCUUGUUCUUUUGGUUAAUCUGCCCCAUUCUAUAUUAUACCAAUACGUGGUACUCGGCGUAUCUACCGCUGUUGAAUCCCAACACCUUCGACAAUACAGGGAAACCUUACAACACCAGCCGUGUGAUGAACCAUGACGGCACGGUCAACGUGGAGGCGUACCGCGGGUACUCGCCCAUGUUUCUUCCAGCGGGCUAUGCAGUGACCUACGGCGUAGCAUUUGCCAAUCUCACGGGUAUCUUCGUUCACGUAGCUCUGUACCACGGAACUGACCUCUGGGAGCAAUGGAAAGGACGGGAUCAGAAGGAUGUUCAUUCACGCCUCAUGGCCUCGUACAAAGACGUUCCUUGGUGGUGGUUUGCAGCCGUAACCAUACUGAUGUUUGUACUGAGCAUUGUGACCAACGAGGUGUGGCACACGGGACUCCCAGCGUGGGCGGUCUUGCUGGCCUUCGUGCUGCCGAUGAUCUACUUUAUCCCCGUUGGCAUCAUCAAGGCGGUCACGAAUAUUACCAGCAACCAGUUAAACCUUAUCACGGAGUUUAUUGGCGGCUACGCCUUCCUCGGACGACCCGUUGCCAACAUGGCGUUCAAGUUUUACGGAUAUGUGGCAGUGUCUCAGGGACUAGAAUUCGUGGCGGACAUGAAAUUAGCUCACUAUCUUCACAUUGCUCCCCGAACCUUAUUCUUAGCCCAGGGAUUGGCGACUUUGAUUGGGGCCAUCGUCCAGUGCGGCGUCACGGUGUUCAUGAUCACUCGAAUUGAUGGCAUCUGCACGCCCGACGCCGACGGCGGAUUUACUUGUCCCCAUGGUCGAGUCACGUAUUCAUCCUCGUUAAUCUGGGGAGCCCUCGGUCCCGGACGGAAUUUUUCCCCCGGCCAAAUCUACGGCAAUCUUCUCUGGUUCUUCUUGGCUGGGCCUCUGGUCGUGAUUGUCACAUAUCUCAUUGGUCGGCGCUGGAAGCAGGCCAACUACAUCUCCUGGCCGGUAGCUUUUGGUGCCAUGAGCCUUGUCCCACCGGCCACAGGGAUCAACUUUUCCUCCUGGUGGAUUGUCAAUCUUAUCUUCAACGGCUUGAUUAAACGACGCAGGCCGGCCUGGUGGGCUAAAUAUAACUACGUUCUUUCAGCAGCACUUGACUGCGCCGUGGCCGUGGCCACCGUCAUCAUCUUCUUCUGUAUCACCCUUCCAGCGGGUCCGCUACACUGGUGGGGCAAUACCGUGUCCGCGCGCACUGCGGACGGUAAAGGCACACCGUGGAAGGCGCUACCGGAGUCAGGAUACUUCGGACCUCGCAAAGGAACAUGGGAAUGA